CGCAGAUUCUCAUUUCUGACAACAAGUACGAAGUAGUCUGCUUUUCAACCUGCGUGUUCGUUUUCUUGGUCACUGUCGUUUACCUGACUAGUGUCUUCAACAAAGAAGACGAAGUUCGGUAGUAAGCAAUUAUUUUUCUAGGACCAUCUCACAACAGCUAAGAGCAUCAAGUUCAUCACUGCUGUCUAGAUUUGAUCCUCAACCACCAACAUGGAUCCCCUUUCCCCCACAAAAUGUGAUUCUGGGACUGGGCCAAGUCCAGCUGAAACAAGUGAUCAGUCUCCUCAUCAGCAGAAUCCAGUUGUGGAGCAAUCCUCCCAGCAACAGGCAGGAGAUGGUGUAAAUGGCAAGAGUUUGAUUACAGAUUCUCUAUCCACCUUAUCAAUCAGUGCUGAACCCUUCAGAAGCAUUUCAUCUGAUCGUCCAGCAGCCACCCAGUUGUCUGUAGAAGCAAAAGAAUUUGUUCCAAAAAUAGUCCUUGCUACAUCCAACACUGAGAGCUAUCCACCAUAUGUGGAAGCAGAAUAUCAUGAACAGGUAGACAUGAUGGCAGAUUUUGAAAGGAGUGAUCCAUUAUUGGAUUAUGCCUUCCAAGUGUUAUAUGAAAUAACAUAUAGCCCUGGUCAAUUUACAAAUUUGUGUGAUCAGCUUGUGACCAACUUGAAUAGUUGGCCAGCUUUGGAUGAAAGUAUGCUGCAGAUAUUGGUGGAUGAAAUUGUAGCUCUAGCCAUUCGUGAACCCAAUUUCCGGUAUAAUGGCGCAAGACUGUGUGAUGCCAUUACUCGAGGACUCCGCGUCUCCGGCCCUCUCGAUUUUCGAUCAACGUUGUUUAACAGCUGUCAAGCUAUCCACGCUGAUCGAAAAAACCUGAUGCACAGUGAUGCAGAGUAUUUAAGGGGAUUCGCAUUAUUUAUGAGCGAGCUCUUUGUACACAUGCACAAGAAAGAUUCUUCUUGCAGAUUCGGUAUUUUAGCAGCAGCAGUACGUGAGUUGCUGUUGACUCUUCUAGAACAACCGACGCCUGGCAAUGUCAAGUGUCUUUGUCAGAUUCUGAAGUUGUCUGGCUCUUAUAUUGAAGACGAUGAUCGUGAAACUAAUCAAGGAAAAACUCCCGAAAUGGACCAGCUGAUGACGAAGAUUGAAACUGUCGGGCGAACACUCGAAAUGCAAAUGCAUAUAAAAGACCUACUUCUGAACAUGAUUGAACUGAGAACAACUGAUUGGGGACGAGCACCCACUUCCCCAGUAGUUCGGGAAAGUCACGCGGUGAGUAGUCAGCCCUCUAAUCCGCAAAUGGGGGUAUAUUAUGGACCUGACGGUCAAGCUCUAACGGUUGAGGAGACGGAGUUUCUUAACCAAGGAAUUAAUCGCCCUGAAGAUGAAGAAUACGAGUAUCCGUACGAAGAAGACACUGGGAUGGAUGAUGAGAUGGUUGAAGCUUUUGAAAAAUUCCUCAUGAUGCAGGACGCGUUGAAAUAGAUUGCGACAGGGUACUCGUCAUAUUUUAAGGACCAUUUCGAAUGUGUAAUUAUUUUGUUUCUUACAUCUUUGCUGAUACAUCAAAGUAGGGAGAUAAAUAAAGAUGAAUAUCCCCACCCACAA